AUGGGGAGAAUUUUGCCGUUCAGUUCGUUAGGAUUUCUCUACCUUGGUCUCUUGGUUGCAAGCAUUCCGACGAAGCAACGGUUGGUGAGACCAUCGGGUGGUGCCACUGGCCUCAAAAUAGCCGCAUUUAAUGCGCGCACAUUUGGUGAAACCAAGAUGUCCAAAGAGGAAGUGGUGGACAUUCUGGUCCAGAUAGUUCGACGCUACGAUAUUAUCUUAAUUCAAGGAAUCAGAGAUAUUACCCAGGAAUCAAUAUAUGAGCUACUGAGCCUUGUCAACAAGGAGGCGGGAGGGACUUCCUACUCUAUGGAACUCAGCGAACGUCUGGGACGCUCGAUAUACUACAAGGAGCAGUACGCUUUCCUAUACAGAAAUGAAUCUGCUGCCGCACUUGGGUCUUACCAGUACGACGACGGACCAGAUGACGGCAGUGACGCAUUUGAAAGAGAACCAUUUUUUGUGAAGUUCCGAUCCCUAAUAUCAGAGAUUUAG